AUGAAAAACAUAUCCAUGAUACUCCUUGACAGAGCUGUGAUGCCACGCCUUGCGGCCUUGGUUAUCUGCCUUUUACUCGGCUACAUAUUGUGGGCCAUUAUCUACAACAUCUUCUUCAGCCCUUUGCGAAAGAUUCCGGGUCCAAAACUUUGGGCACUUUCGCCCCUUCCUCAGGCUCUCAUGGCGUGUUCUGGGAAGCCUCACAAAAGGAUUCUUGAGCUACACCAGAGAUAUGGAGACGUGGUUCGUACAGGGCCCAAUUCAGUAUCGCUCUGUCACCAUAACGCGUGGAGGCAAGCGUAUGGCCACCUCAAACCAGGAGAACUGGAGAAUAUCAAGGACCCCUCAUUAUUUGAAGAGGUAGGCCACAGUAUUAUUGCCGCAGACACUGAAAAUCAUGGCAGGCAGCGUCGGAUACUCGCCGGUGGCUUCUCUGGACAGAGCAUGGUCAAACAGGAGCCUUUGAUCAAGGGUUACGUUGACCUUCUGUUUGAGCGAAUGAGGGAACACAGCGAGAACCGCACGCCGUUUAAUGUAGUACGGUGGUAUAACUAUACAACGUUCGAUGUUAUUGGAGACCUGGCUUUCGGAGAGUCCUUUGGCUGUCUGGAAAAAUCGGAUUAUCACACCUGGGUCGCAAUGAUCUUUCAACAAGUCAAAGAGAUACAGCCCCUAGCGCAGCUUCGACGAGCGUACCCAAUCGUGGGUGUACUCACAAAACCACUACUUCAAACUUUUGCUGCAAAGAAGAUUAACGAGCAUGCCGAAUUGGUUGAGCACAAGGUCAGCAAGCGACUAGCUUUAAACACGAGUCGUCCUGAUUUCAUAGAUGCUAUGAUUGCCCCUGGCUCGGAUAGCAAGCAGUAUUUGAAAGCAGUCAUCGACGAAGGCAUGCGCAUCUACCCUGCCGCUCCAGCCUCCACGCCACGCGUGGUCCAUCGUGGAGGUGCUACACUAUGUGGAACUUUCCUUCCGGAGGGCACCAUCUUUGACAUUUGGCAAUGGCCCAUGUAUCACAACGAGAAAAACUUUACCUCGGUAGAGUCGUUCAUUCCUGAACGAUGGUUGGGUGAUGCUCGGUUUGCCAAGGACCACGCGGAUGCGUUCCAACCGUUUUCUGUUGGACCACGCAGCUGCCUGGGCAAAAAUCUUGCCUACGCAGAGAUCAGAUUGAUUCUGGCGAAACUCGUGUGGAACUACGAUAUUGCACUGGCUGAUGAAACGCAGAAGGACUGGGUUAAAGACCAGCGUCAGUGGGGGUUUUGGGAUAAGCCGCCAUUAUACAUACGUCUUGAGCCUCGAAAACCCUAA